AUGGUGCAACUGCAAGAAGAUAAUAAGGAUGAAGAGGAAGAUUACUUGGUAACAGAUGAUCUCCUGGUGGAUUAUUUCAAUGUAUUUCUCAGCCUAUUUGAUUAUCCAAAGCCAAUUUGGUUUAACAAAGAAAUUGAGGUAUUUGAAAUUGUAGAUAAUGCCAAGAAAAAUCUGAUAAAACAUUUGAGAAACUUGGAACAUUCUUUAACUCCAAUGAACACUGGUUCCCAUGGGGCAGACAAAUCCAGAAUGAAUUAUCCUCCUCAAAACCUCACCCCUGCGGAUCUGAACUUUGAAACCAGCUUCACUGUACAGUGCCUCGAUCAGGAACAGGGUGUUUCAUGGAUAAGAAGUGAGAGACUUCCAGCAUUCCUUAAGAGUGACUGUUACUUUGAGUACAGGCUUGCAAAAUUGCUGGCUCAGUUAGACCACCAGACUGGAUCUGGUACACUUCAAGUAGACAGUUCAUACUACCCAUGGGUUAUUGGAGCAAAAGAAGAAUCCAUCUCUGAAAUGGUAGAUAAAACUGACCUUGCCAUGAAAGAAUUGUACAUCUGCUUUGGACAGGCUUCUGUUACCCAAACUAAAGCGUUGUUCACAGAAGCCAAAGAAGACAUUCCACUGAUUGUCAUCCAGACAGAACGCAAGCCUAUCUUUGCUAUUGAGACAUCUGUACCAUCAUCAAGAACUUCCUCGCUAAGUUUAGAAAGGGAACUAUCCAGCUAUUCGCUCUUGCAUGAAAUUAUGAUGAGUGUUGAAGCUAGAAUGCUGCCAGUUAGAAAGAAAAUCAACAGAAGAUACUCAAGCAGAACAUAUUUUGAAACUGAUCAUCGUGAGAGGUGCUCUACUGGACAUUCCAAGCCAAAGGUUGUGGAUAAUGAAUUAUUUGAAUUUGUUCCUGAAUACCCUUUGCAGGCACCGGCAACAGUUUUUCUGAGAGUAAGAUCAGAGAUUGAUACUGAAGAAAACGAAGAUCAAGACAGCACUGAAAAUUCAAUAGAAACCCAAGAGGGAGAAAUCAAUACAGCAAGUAGGGCAACAGAACGCUCAGAGACCGAUCUCUCUUCUGAAAAUGAUCAAACAACAACUCCCUUGAACAACAGUUCAGUGAUUGACAGUCAGGUGGUCCCAAAGUUGACUGUUUUAAAAACUUCUCAGCAGAAUGAAGUGGGAUCAUCAGAAGAAAGUGAUAAUACAAUGUUUCAAGCUUUAAUGACAGGUGUGGAUGAGGAAAGUAUGGAAACUACUUCUUCUAGUGAAGAUGAUAUUAGACAUGAAUGCUAUGUUCCACCACGUCGUCAUUAUAAUUUCAAGAACAGUAAGGGCAUUGAAAAGUUCAAGAAGUUUCUCCACGGAACAGCUGGUGAAAAAUACUGGUGGCUAUGGAUGGAUAUUGAAAGACUGAAAGUUAUCAAGGAUGCCAAAAAGAGUCAAAGCUUCUUGAACCACAUCAGGAAUCGUUAUAUGUGUAGCAACGGUGAAUUCUACCUGAAUGCAGAAACGCGUGCAAAGCUGGAUCUGUCAUUUGUAUCAAAUUGGACUUUAGAAAAUUUGUGCCAGAUACAGUCAAAAAUAGUGAUACCUCUACUUCAAUAUUGGGGUCCAAGGUAUUGUGUUAACCAAGGAAUUCCCUUAAGAAAAGCUGGUACUAUACUGAAAGAUUGGGAAGAUCGACACCUGAGACCUAAAUCACAAAUAGGUUUAUAUACUAAGACUGCUAUGCCAAUGCCAAUUCAUACCCGAAUUGUUUGCACUCCAGAAGAGAAUGAAAAUAACCAGCAAAAAUAUUCAGCAUGGGGACUCAAACCAGAUUCUGCAACUCACAUAUCACCAAAACUAAAUCCACCAAAACCCGUAACAGAGAAUACAUCGUUUGAAAAGAUGAUGGAGAGUCUUUCCAACAAUGUAGUGAAUAAGGAUAACCUUCUCACUUCAGUUGGCAGCAUUUGGUCUCAAGAUGCAAAUUCUGUAUUUGCUUUUGAAAAUCUAAAGUUACAUAAAUCAAAACAGAAUAGCAAUUUGGAGAAGCUGAUGCGGAUCACAAAUUACCAAGAAGCUUUAUGUGAUUAUAAAAUGGAUAACUUGCUGCAGGCCCUGCACAAGGAAAGCAGGACUGGAUACCUUUUCACUUCUUUUUGUGAACAAACAGGAAAUCCGUUAUGGAAGAACUGCAUCAACCUGUGGUUUGACCUAAAAGAGUAUCAACGACUUUUUUAUGCCGAAGUCUUUCAGCCUUUCAAACUCAGGAGACAAGCUCAGUUCAUUUUUGCUAAAUACAUUGUUGACAAAUCUCCAGAAGAUGUGGAAAUUGGUGUAGAAAACAAGAAAAUAAUCUAUCAAGAGCUGGAGCCACCUUUUGAAGAACUGUUCGAUGAUGUGGAGUUAUAUGUUCUCAUCUUGCUACUGGUACCUUGGAUGCACAUGAUUGAAAUGGAUAUGUCGAAAUUCAGAAAGGUGGAGUUGAUAAAGGAGACCCGACACUUGGAUUCAAUAUACUACAAGAAACUUGAGAAACUACAGAAAAGCUUGUUUCCUAAUGAAGUAAUUAAUUCUGUUCUUCCAAAACAAUUUAUUCUUCCUGCCCGUUCAAUCAGUCUGGUACACACUUCAGACAAUGUGAAAGGCUCAAAUUACUGGCAGACCGUUCCUGAAGAAUUCUGUAAUUACACAUUGGAUGCACUUGUUCGUAAUCGCUUAGAACUUGAGAAUUUCCAGGCAUUCCUUCGCGAAAAUUUAGCAGGUAUGGAUCUCAAGUGCUGGAUGGACAUUGAAUACUUCAGAAGAAUACCUCACAAUGAAAAAGAGACAAGAGAUAUUACGUCCAAAGCCAUCAAAAUCAAGUACUUGAAUAGGCAGUACUUCUUUGGACCCAGUAGCCCAGCUACAAAAGUACAACAAAAUGAUGUGAUGAUACUAGCUGGGGGAUGGGGCAAGUUGCUCCAUGAUAAGUUGUCUUCAGAUAUUCUAAUUGAAGUUCAAAAAUAUGUAAAAUUACGCUUGGAAAGAAAAUGGCUGCCAAUGUUUCUAGCUUCACCAGAGUUUGUUAAGAGGCACCAUCAACAGGUACAAAUGCACGAUGUAGUGGAGGACCAGAUGUUACAAAAGAGUAAGAAGAAGGUCCAAUGGAAUAAAUGGCUUGCCUCAUCAAAAGAAAUCAUUGCAUUCCGUAAAACCUUGUUAAAUCCAAUAACAGCUUUUCAGUUUCAACAGUUUGUAUCACUGAAAGGUGAACGAAUGCAGAAUAAUGUCAUCUUCUGGCUUGAGGUUCAAAAAUACAAGGAGAUGUUCCAUUCUCAAGCUAGUGAGGAGACUGUUCAAAAUAAGAUCUCAUCCAUCAUUAAUUGUUUCAUCAAUUCCAGCAUCCCUCCACCUAUACAGAUUGAUAUUUCGCCAGAAUGCGCACAAAGAAUCAUAAAUUACAAUCAAGACCAGGGACCAUAUGUCUUCAGAGAAGCACAGCUGACAGUAUUUGACCUUCUCUUCAAAUUAUGGCCGGACUUCUUGAACUUCCGACAUGGUGUUGCAGAUGAAAGCGUCUUGCCAACCUUGGAAAGAAAAUUAAUGAGGAAAUAUGGAAGUGUUGAAAAGAGCGAAACUAAGCCAAAUGAAGGCAAGCUGACAACUGAAAAUAAACUUGACUAUAACCUAUGA